UGAAUGGUAGCCUAGGCCCAUUUCUGUGAUGAUUACAUUAAAGGAACCCUUACAUGGGAUUAGUUAGACUAUUAGACUCUGUGACUCUAUCUAUUGGAAAAUAACACUACUUUAAGGAUAAAAAUGAGUUUUUCAAAUGGUGAAGAUAAAUCUCUUCCACCUAACUGGGAUAUAAAACAUUCAAAAACUAGAGGUGGGAGAGUCUACUAUUACAACAGAGUAACUGGAGAAUCAGUGUGGAAACUUCCUAAAGCCACAAGUGAUAAGGUUCUCUCUAAUGUACUGACACCUACAGAUGCGCAGGGUCGUAAUGAAAAUACUGAAAUACAAGAUCAAACUUUUCAUAAAAGAAAACAGCCUUUUAGCCCAGAAAAUAUGUUGCUAGAGAAGAAGUCAAAGCCUGAGAAUGUGUCAGUAGUAAAGAGGAGCGCUUCAAGAAUUCCAAUACCCAUAAAGAAACACAAGUCAUUAUCCAAGGGGAAGCAAAAAACUGAAGGGGCAACAACUUUAAGGGAGGCAAUCAAGCCAGAAGAGUUAUCUUCAGUAAGGGAGAGAGACAAGUCUGAAGGUUUAUCUUCAGCAGUUGGGAAAAACAAGUUUAAGAGCUCAACCUUAUUAAAGAAGACUAACAAGUCUGAAAGUUUUAAAGACAGGUUUGAAGGUUCAGCAUCAUUGCGAGAGACAAACAGAUCUGAAGGUUUACCUUCAGUAAGGGAAAAAUCCAGGUCUGAUGAUUCAGUAUUAUCAAAUAACUCAAACAAGUUUAAAAGUUCCAUACCAUCAAGGGAGACAAUUAAGACAGAAAUUUCAUGUUUAGCAAAGGAGACAAAAAAACCUGAAGGUUCUGCAUCAGCAUGGGAGACAUACCAGUCUGAAAGAUCCUCGUCACAAACCAAACAGAAAUUAAAAAGCUCAGCUGAGAUUAACAACUCUCUCACAUGCUCACCCUCCAGGACAAAUAGCACAUUUUUAAAUAAAUCAGUUCAAAAUUGUGACGGAACUCUUGCUGAAAAAAGUUUCAUUAAUAGUUUCAGUCCAGUUAUUAAAGCUGAUCAAGAUCAGAUUUUUGACAUAACAAGAAAAGAUCUGGUAGAUGGCAGGAAGCCAGAGUUGGAAGUUCAGAGUCAAGUGGCCAUUGAAAGUCCUGCUGGUACGCUGACCACAACACGACCUAUUGCAAAAGCCAGGAAACGUAAAAAAGAGAAUUCCAUGGGCGAAGCUCCAACAAACCUAGGUAAUACUGUAGACCCUGAUCAUGCAGCACAGUCAGCUAAUACUGUCAUUGCAAUCCCCAGUCCAGCUGAGAUGAAUACAAAUUUCAAUGUAAUUCCAAGUGAAAAAGGGGAUGAUGCAAACAGGCAAAAAGAAACAGUUGAUAUCCUUAAUGGAACUGUUGACCAGGUUAGCCAAAGAAAUGUGGCCAAAUUAAGUUUUUCUGGAACUAACAAAAGCAGACGAGAUGGAAUAACACAUUCAAACCAAAUGAAAUCACAGAAAUCCCAUUUAACCUCAAGUUUGUUAUUGGGUACGAACUCUCUUCAACAAAACCAGUGUUAUAGUGAGAAUAAUUUUAACUUAAACACAGCAAUUAGAAAAAACAUUCCUGCUGAUAAUAGACCAAUUUCUCCUACAUCAAAAGACUUUUCUCCUGGUCUUUCAUUAACACCUGGUUCUAGAGGAGGGAGCAAUGAUGUUAAAACUAGCAGCAAUGUGGAUCUGAUAAAUGCAGGAUCUAAUGAAAACAUAUUGAGUUUUGAGAACUUACAGUCUAGUCACUAUUCUCCAUUCAGUGGAUAUGAUCAAAACUGCAAUCAUAACAUUGAUGUUGGAGCUAUACCUAACAGUGGAAUAACAAUAGAUGUGAUACAACCAGCAGCAAAUGAUGGGAAUGAUAGGUUAGAGGAAGUGGAGGACAUGGAAGUGGAUGAGGAUGAUGAAUUGCAUCUUUCUAAUCUCCAGGAUGUAAGAAAGCAAGCACUGCCAAUAUCCCAUCAGCCUUGUGAUGUAUUUAUAGAUACAGUUCCUAAUACAGAUAACUCAAAGAAUGCACAAAAAUUUGUUUUGAUCAUUGAUACAAACAUUUUGAUUUCCUGCCUGACAAUAGUGCAAAAUAUUUUAUUCAUGGAUAUUCCAGUAUUUGGCCCUCCGUUGUUGGUGCUGCCGUGGGUGGUUGUACAAGAACUGGAUUACCUCAAGAAUGGCAAUAAGUCAAGAACAGCUUCAAUGAAGGAAACAGCAAACAAAGCAGCCAAGGCGAUAAGGUUUAUCAAUGGCAAGCUCUCUGAAAGACACAAUGGUUUAGUUGGACAGACACCCCAGGAGGCAAAUGAAUCUGCAGACUUCCCAAUUGAAUGUAACGACGACAGAAUUUUACAGUGUUGCAUCCAGUGCAACAAAAAAUAUAUAAAGAGUCUUGUGACCUUGCUAACAAGGGACAUCAAUCUGAUCAACAAGGCAACUAUAAUGGGAAUCAAUGCUGCCAACACAGAGACUCUGUGGAAACUUCACAACCUACCUAAGCCUAGGUUUAUAAUCAAUCAAAAUCUGCUGCAGCCUCCAGGCAGGCAAAGUAAAACAGAAGCAGAGAAAAAUAUGCCAGUAAAGCAGCCUACUAAAGUUACAUUGACAGACGGGAAUGAAAAUCGACAGACGCCAAAUCUAUCUAGUGCCACUACCUCAUUGCCUGAUCCAACACCUCAUAAAAAUGCGACUUGUAUGCCAACACAAAUCGUCUGUGUAAAUGUUAACACUAUUGAUAUGUCUGAUUUAGCCAAUAAAAAUCUGUGUAAAUGUUAA